AGUGGGAAGAAAUAAAAUUUACGUUCAACCAUAAGCGUGUCCGAUACCGAGAAGAAAUGGGAGAGUCAGGUGGACACAGGGAAUUACGAAUUCCAUCUUCCGAAAACAAAUAAACUUGGGUGAAAGUGAGUAUUCGCGGAUUGAUGGUGGAAGCAACGUCAUCGACGUUCUAGAUGAACGUUAUUUUAAUAAAAACUGAGCUCCGGUCAGUAGGCGAUAUUUUUUUUUCGUAUGUGACAUGAAUACUUGAGACAGGGAUUAUUGCAGAAGCAUGCUCAUUUUUUUGCUUGGAUUUAUUCUUGGCAUAGAAAUACUGCAAGCACUCUAUAUCCAACCAUCCCUGAUCAUCCCAAGGCAAAAAAGAGAUAUAGAAACGGAAAAUAUAACCUUCACAUUCGAUUGCCAAGGCAGAGCUAUAGGGUUCUAUGCUGACGUAGAACAUAACUGUCGUAUUUUUCACAUGUGCGAUGAAGAUGGUCGAAGAGUUCCUCACAUGUGUGCAAACGAUACUAGUUUUAAUCAGGAAUAUCGAAUUUGUGACUGGGAGUACAAUUUCAACUGUUCUGAGGCACCAAUGUGGUAUUACUUAAAUGAGUUGACUUAUGCCACAGAUAUACCACCAGAUGAAGAAUAUGACUAUCUAGAAGAAUGACUUCCUAUCUGAGAUGUAUAGGAGAUAAGAAUUUUUUAUUUUGAAGAAAUGUACAAAAAAUAAAGUUUUGAUUUAUUUUUAUUUUA